GUCCCCGAGCCCGCUGCCGCGCCCCGCUCGCCGGGGAGCUGCGCUCACCGCAGGGGCGGGCCCCCGCCUGUGUUCGCCGCGCCAGCAGAAGACUGAUCUUUGAAAAUAUGUAUUUGGGAGAUAGUCACGUUCUGUUGACUACCUUGUGCUGGUGCUGCCACAGGAAAAUCUGGUUACACUCCGGGGAGGCCUGCCGCCGCUGCAGGACUGAACCACCUCGGCCCUGAGAUGAGUGUCGGGCCUGAGCGGGCACACCAUGAAUAGAUACACAACAAUCAAGCAGCUCGGGGAUGGAACCUACGGUUCCGUCCUGCUGGGAAAAAGCAUCGAGUCUGGGGAACUGAUUGCUAUUAAAAAAAUGAAAAGGAAGUUUUAUUCCUGGGAGGAAUGCAUGAACCUUCGGGAGGUUAAGUCUUUAAAGAAGCUCAACCAUGCCAAUAUAGUAAAAUUGAAAGAAGUUAUCAGGGAAAACGAUCAUCUUUAUUUUAUCUUUGAGUACAUGAAGGAAAAUCUUUACCAGCUCAUUAAAGAAAGAAAUAAGUUGUUUCCUGAGUCUGCUGUAAGGAACAUCAUGUUUCAGAUACUGCAAGGACUUGCAUUUAUUCACAAACAUGGCUUCUUCCACCGGGACUUAAAGCCCGAAAACCUGCUCUGCAUGGGACCAGAACUUGUGAAAAUUGCAGACUUUGGAUUGGCCCGAGAAAUCCGAUCAAGACCUCCGUACACAGAUUAUGUAUCUACCAGAUGGUACAGGGCUCCAGAAGUGCUCCUGAGGUCCACCAACUACAGCUCCCCCAUCGACAUCUGGGCCGUGGGCUGCAUCAUGGCCGAGGUGUAUACACUCAGGCCACUCUUCCCUGGGGCCAGUGAGAUUGACACAAUCUUCAAAAUUUGCCAAGUCCUGGGGACCCCAAAAAAGACCGACUGGCCAGAAGGCUACCAACUUUCAAGUGCUAUGAAUUUCCGCUGGCCCCAGUGCGUACCCAAUAACUUAAAGACCCUGAUUCCCAACGCUGGCAGUGAAGCAAUUCAACUCCUGAGAGACCUGCUUCAGUGGGACCCCAAGAAACGGCCGACAGCUAGUCAGGCGCUUCGAUAUCCUUACUUCCAGAUUGGCCACCCCCUGGGCGGCACCACACAGAGCCUUCAGGAUUCAGGAAAACCACAGAAGGACAGCCUGGAAAAGGCAGGCCUGCCACCUCACAUUAAGCCAGUCCCUCCUGCCCAGCCCCCAACCAAACCACACAUGCGGAUUUCUUCGAGACAGCAUCUAGCCAGCCAGCCCCCUCAGCAUCUCAUGUACCCCUACAAGGCAGAGGCGUCCAGGACAGAUCACCCAAGCCACCUUCCAGAGGACAAGCCAAGCCCCUUGCUCUUCCCAUCCCUCCACACCAGGAACCCUCCAGUGAAAAUCCUAGCUGGGCUGGAGCACAAAAACGGUGAGAUCAAGCCAAAGAGUAGGAAAAGGUGGGGGCUUGUCUCCAGGUCAACAAAGGACUCCGAUGACUGGGCUGACCUGGAUGACUUGGAUUUCAGUCCAUCCCUCACCAGGAUUGACCUGAAAAACAAGAAGAGACAGAGCGAUGAGACCCUCUGCAGAUUUGAGAGUGUUUUGGACCUGAAGCCUUCUGAGCCCGUGGGAACAGGAAACAGCGCCCCCACCCAGACUUCAUAUCAGAGGCGAGACACACCCACCCUGAGAUCCGCAGCCAAGCAGCACUACUUGAAGCACUCCCGAUACUUGCCUGGAAUAAAUAUAAGAAAUGGCAUCCUCCCAACUCCGGGCAAGGAUUUCAUUCCAUCCAACCCGUGGUCUAGUUCCGGUUUGUCUGGAAAAUCUUCAGGAACAGUGUCAGUAAUCAGUAAAAUAAAUUCAGUUGGUUCCGGCUCUACAAGUUCUAGUGGACUGACUGGAAACUAUAUCCCUUCCUUUCUGAAAAAAGAAGUUGGUUCUGCUGUGCAGAGGGUACACUUGGCGCCUAUUCCAGACCCUUCCCCUGGUUAUUCUUCCCUGAAGGCUGUGAGACCUCACCCUGGACGACCUUUCUUCCACACCCAGCCUAGAAGCACUCCUGGGCUGGUCCCACGGCCUCCGGCGGCCCAGCCAGUGCACGGCCGGACGGACUGGGCUUCCAAGUACGCGCCUCGGCGGUGACAGUCAGCGAGCCCUUCGUAGGGGAAAGCAGGACACUGUCCCGCAGCCAACUGGUGUUCUUCCUGCAAGAAACUUUCAGAUGGUGUGAAAGCAAACAAACACUUUAUAGUUAUUCUUCUGAACCAAGACAUUUCAAUAUUCUUUUGUAAAGUUUUUUUUUUAAAUAUUGAUUUGAAUGCAAUACCCUGUUUUUGUACAAAAUUAUUUUAUUCUAAUACUGGGUCCCAUUAUUUUCUUAAACAGCAGCAUUUUGUACAUAUGGAUUAUGUUUUAGCAUUUUAUACAGUCAACUUUGUAACAAACUUUUUAAAGAUUAAUUGAUUUUCUUUUGGGGUUCCAGAUAAUAUUUUAUACAGAUUUUUAAAAAUGUAAUAAUAAUAUUGAUGCAGUAUUGCAACAGGGGUGCAAUUUAAGGCUACAUGAUAGAGGGUUAUUUACUCAACGCGUGUGGAUAUUUGUGAAGAGGUUAAAUUUUAAAUGUGGUGCACAAGGUACCUCAGGCUUCCUUGGACUGACAUCAGCACUAGAAAAAUGCUCUUUUGCUUCUCAACAUCACUCUGUCGUUUGGUUUUUUGAGACUGCUGUGCCAUUCUAAAAGUACUGUUAUAUAAUUCACUUUGUUUGGUGUUUGUUCCCCAGAUGAAAGAACUCUAAUAAUUUUUUAAAAUUUUUACCACACCCUUUGUUGUGGUUGGAGAUAGCCAAAUGAACCCAGGCUUUAGCAUGCGAUGCCAUUGCAUUCUGUUUCUUCUAUUUUUUAAAAUUAAACUGUGUAAGGACCCACAAAAGGGAAGCUUUUCAAGCCCCAAGAUUCUCAACAUAAAGGUUAAUACAGUCAGUUAAACUGAUAUCCGUGCCAAGAUGCACAACCAGAAAGCUAAGUUCCAAAGCAGCCGAUUUUUCAUGAUAAUAACUGAUAGAAUUUUGCAUUCAGCUCAGUUCUCCAGGUUUGGCUAGGAGCACACAAUGAAUAAUCUUCUCUCCUAGCUAAAAUCUCAGCAGAAAAGAUUGAUGGCAGAAGUUCCAUUUAUCUAGGAAGCCACAGUUACGGUGAUGUUCGUGUCACAGUGUGCCACAUUUGAACUUUGAACACUUAACCCUGUGUAGUUUCUUUCGACAGCAAGAACUCUGUUGGCUGGCAAUGGCUGUUCCAUUGAGAGGAAUGUUUACAGCAAUUUUGAAAAUGACAAAGCUAGUUUGGAGACAGAAAAAAGACAAAAGGUCUGCUCUCAUCCAUCUCUAUAGGACACAUUUGCCUCCACUCAUAGUUACCUGGAAGGCAAGAGGGAAGGAGGGUCACUUCCAGAGAGUGCAGUGUAAUCUCAGAAGCAUAUGGACUCGUUCUUCCAGGGCUCAAGGACUCUCAUGUGGUUCCAGGGUCCAGGAUAUAUAGCAGGCCGAACCGUAUGAAAUUGUCAUUUUCAUAGGUUAAAAUGAAUAUUGGCACUUUGAUAUGGUUCGGCCUAAUAAGUUGGUAAGUUACCACUUCAGUGUAUUACUGAUAUGUUGCAGCCUGACCUGAACCAAGUACACCGUGGCUCCCAAAGAGCGCUAACCUAAAGUCAGGAGUAAUUUCUGUUUUGGAGAAUCUGGCUCAGAGACGUACUUGACCAGUAACUAUAUGAUCCCAAGGGCCCAGAAAAAAGCACUUAAUGGAUGUGGAUUUGAUAGGUAAUAUUUUCCUGUUAACAAACUGGCGGCAGAGCUUCGGAAAAUAAAUAUGUACGUGUAAGCACAACUUGAACCUGAAUUCAUUUUUCUGUAUUAUAUUCUCAACUCAUUAUCUAGAGCAACAGAAAAUAUGUUUUUAGAGACAAGUCCUUUACUGAGGUUAAUAUUUAUUUUCUCUUUCUGUAUUAUGUAUACAGAGUAAGUUAAUCUGUAACCUUGCCCAGCUUGCUGGAAAGCUGGGUUUAAAAUGUAAAUUGUAAAUUGUAAAAGCUAAUGGAUUGUGAAUACCAUAUUCUUGAAACUCUAGCUUAUGUUCAGGCCAUUAUUACUUUUUUUUUAAUUGAAAAAAACCCUAGUUAUCUGGUUAUUACACAUUAUAAAGUGGUUUUUCUAAUACUUUUGUAGGGCCCAAAUUCAGAAAAUAUUUCACUUUUCAUCCUCUUACUUUUUCCUUUUUUGUCAGCAAACAGCUUCUCUUGGGAAGCUAAACACGUUCACUCAUAUGAAAGUCAAGAAACUGAUGUUCAGUUGAAAAAACUAGAAAAUUGGAAAAACAAUGUACAUUCUAAAGAACUAGCAAAAAUCCUAUAAAGUACUCCCUUCCCCACCCCACAAUGGGUAAAGGGCAAAUUGUGUAUACAAGCUGUUUACUAUAGACAGGAAUAGUGACCAAUUUUUUGUUGUUAAGUGAAAAAAAUGCUACCUGUUGCAUGUAUUUCUCAAUUACUAUUGAAUUAUAAAGUGUACUGCAAGACGCCAAGGCCAACGACAAGUUUAACCGAACCUUCCAUGACUGUACCUCACUUCCAGUCAGAAAGCUUUCCAGGACAUAGGACAAUGGUUCAGGAUGGCUCUCAUUUCGUGCCCAAAGGCUCAGUGACAGGUGUGCCAAAGGGUAACCUGCACAGGCACAAACGUUACUUGGUCUAAUUGUUCAUUUUACAGUAAAAUCUCAUUAAUUGCUAAGCCCUUAUCCAGCUCAUGUAUGAUAGGAUUUAAAUAGAAAGAAAAUAGAUUUUCAAAUUUUUUAAAGACACAUCUCAUGCCUGAAGGACUAAAUAACAUCUAAUACAUCGACACUGUGUCAUCUCCUGGAGUUUGCAAAGAUUGAAUAUAACCAGGGCGACACAUAAAACAACACAAUUCUUCUUUUGUCAAGAUUUUGUCAAGAAUUGUUUUGUUUUUCAGUACAAAUACCAGUACUGCUGGAGUUCAUGGGCACCGUGCUUUCUCAUGAAGUAGCAUUUCCCUUCCAUCGAGCCAUUGUUCUGUGCCAUUUAGGAGAGGAAAAGAAAGCAGGCUGUAUGUUUCAGCUCCGUGUAUGACCCAAAGCAAUAUGUGUAUAAGAAAAUGUGUGACAUACUAUUACCUAUCAUUUAAAGCAUACUGUAGCAACUUGUUUGUUUAAUAUAUGUGGUUAAUUUUUAGAAUUAUUUUUACAAUUUCCAACCAAAGUACUGUAUUUUGUAUAAUUUAUUGUGAGGACCUUCUCACGGAAACCAUUAAGAAAACAAGCUGGAGGCAAAUAUCACAUUCAUCGUAUUAUUAGUUUCUUAUAGAUGCUGUGCUAAUGUGAAUUUAAAAUGACCUGAAUAAAUAGUCUUCUGAUCUCAGA